CGGUAAUGGCCCAUGGGUAACGGAUGUUGCCAAGCGAGAGGCUAUGAUUUCUUCCGGAACAUGGAAAAUAAGUAGUUUUACAAGAAAAGCAAGCGAUCUGGAUCAUGGCAUCGUCUCAAACAGUUAAGAUUGGAAUAAUUGGAGGUUCUGGCCUCGAUGAUCCAGAUAUCUUAGAGGGACGCACUGAGAGAUAUGUUGACACUCCAUAUGGAAAGCCAUCAGAUGCUCUUAUUUUGGGAAAGAUCAAGAAUGUUGAAUGUGUUCUCCUUGCAAGACAUGGAAGACAGCACACCAUAAUGCCCACCAAUGUAAACUACCAGGCCAAUAUCUGGGCACUGAAAGAAGAAGGCUGCACACAUCUGUUGGUGACGACGGCCUGUGGUUCACUGCGAGAGGAGAUCCAGCCUGGAGACAUUGUCAUCAUUGAUCAGUUUAUCGACAGGACUACUAAGAGAGCUCAGACUCUGUAUGAUGGACAGCAGAGCAAUCCUCCUGGAGUGUGCCACAUCCCCAUGGCUGAGCCAUUCUGCAACAAAACAAGAGAGGUUUUGGUGGAAGUGGCUCGAAGCCUCGGGAUCAAGUGUCACGUGAAAGGGACCAUGGUUUCAAUAGAGGGACCACGAUUCUCCUCCCGAGCAGAAAGUCUGAUGUUCCGUCAGUGGGGCGCUGAUGUCAUCAACAUGACCACUGUGCCAGAGGUGGUACUCGCCAAAGAGGCCGGUUUGAGCUAUGCUAGCAUCGCCAUGGCAACAGACUAUGACUGUUGGAAGGAGCAUGAGGAGGCGGUCUGUGUUGACAAUGUGCUCAAGACAAUGAAAGAAAAUGCAAACAAGGCAAGCAGCAUCCUCCUAACAGCCAUACCCCAGAUCAGCCAAAUGGACUGGGGACAGACUCAGGCGUCCUUAAAAGCAAUGGCCCAGUCUGCAGUUAUGUUACCAAAACAUUAAGAGUGAAUAAAGACUUUGCAGACGACUCUGCUGGUGAAAACCCCUGGAAAAAUGCCGUUGUUUUUGUUUGCCGGCCGCCUGAAGAACUAUUCUGUCUGACAAACAGAUUUAGAGGUUUGCCUUACUAGAUCACCCAUUUGCUUUUAUGUAUUAUUAUAAUUUUUGUUGAACAUAACCAUUUGAUGAUCACUUAGUUGUUUCAGCUAAAAAUCCAUGACUGGAGUAUUUUGUAUUAAGAGUCAUCUGAUCUCUCAAGCCACUUUAUACCUCGAACAUUGGUCCCCUAUUUCUGUUUAUUAUUACAUGAAAAUGAAUAAAACACAAUCUCUUGUAAUCUUAAUCUUA